ACAAAUGGCCGACGAAACAAAACCCUCAUCCGGCGACUCAGCCGGUUUAUCCAACGGAGGCCUCGUAAGCCACAAGUCAGGACGCGUUCAUUCCGAUGCUGUCAAAGAUCUCCUCUCUCUUGGGGUAUGCGAGAGAUGUAUUUUCCGAUUGGUAUCCGUGGAGUCUUUUGAUUCCGAUUUAUCAUCAGUCUCGACGUCAACUCUACGAAGCUGGCUUGAAUCAGGCGAUGAGGAAGCUGGUUCCAGGAUCUGCAUUGUCUGUUUAGGUAUAUUGCAGCUCGUUUUCUCCGAUGGCAAACAAACGGAUUGUGUUAGUGACUACGCUGCAAAGGUAGCGGAGUUGGUGAAGCAGGAAGGUCAUGAGUUCGAUAGCUUUGGUUUAGAAGUCUCUGUUCCAUCAAUUCUCGUGGACAAUGAGCGUGCGGUCUUGUUAUACCUUAAAGGAAAGUAUAAGAGUGAAGGUUGGGUGGAGGGCGAAAAGAUUUCUGUGAAGGAUGCUUUGAAAGUUCUACUCUUGGAUCCACUUCAAGCAUUGUUGGGAGCUAAGUCAGACACGAGCUCUUUCCACAUCCGUUUGACUUACUCUAAGGCAUCAGAUGAGGCUCAAGGUGCGUCUGAAACAACGCAUGAAAGAAAGAAGAGGAAAACAGACGAGGAGAAUGGGUUAACCUGUAUGUCCCAGAAUUCAUUUGAAAAGGUUUAUGAACCAUGCAUCUUGUCACUUCAUUGCAACAAGAUGCCUAUCUUUUUUAGUGGGAGGUACUUUAAAUACUCCAGAAAUGUAAGUCAAACACGAUGGAUUAUUGAUGAUGAAAGAAUGGGUGAAGCGUCUGUUGAGGAAAUAAUUGGUGGAAAUAUUCUUCCAGCAUGCCUUGGGGAUUCCUACAAGUUCCAUGCUGCUGGCAGAGAAGAUAUUGAUGUACGCAUGUUGGGUUCAGGUAGACCUUUCUUAAUCGAGGUUCAGAAUUCCCGCAAAUGCCCAUCUCAGCAAUCAUUGACGGAAAUUGAAGAGAAGAUUAACAACUCAGAGAAAAAACUAGUUGGAGUUAAAGACCUUAAAUUCAUAGGAAGUCAGUGUUGGGCAAUGAUGCGUGAAGGAGAAGCAGAGAAACAGAAGCAAUAUGCUGCACUUGUAUGGACUUCUCGUCCACUUGAAGAGAAAGAUAUCAACUCAGUCUCUUCCAUGAAAGAAUUGAAAAUCUUGCAGAAGACGCCGGUAAGAGUGCUUCACCGUCGAAGUCCAUUGGAACGUGAAAGGACUAUACACUGGAUGAAAGUAGAAAAGAUUAAAGGAAGCUCUCACUACUUUCUACUGCAUCUGUGCACCCAGGCUGGAACAUACAUCAAAGAGUUUGUUCAUGGGGAUCUUGGUCGUACUACUCCAAGCAUGGGAUCAAUUUUAGGAUGCAGGGCGGAGAUAAUACAACUUGAUGUGACUGAUGUCAAGAUGGGCGAUUCUUGA